CUCCACGCUAGCUUGAUUGGUGCUUCUGGAUUCAAUGGCUCAAUUUCCCUAGGCAUGUUUUCGCGCCAUUCCCGGGAUGUGUGGGGUGUGGUGUGCCUCUCCCUGAUCCGAGGAAUUGUCUUCCGGGAGGAAGUUCUAGGUUGAAAGUGUUCGCUUCAGAGAAGUAUAUGUUUUGUUUCCAAACUGAUCCUGACAAUGAGUAAUUAUUCAGAGGUUAAUCUGAAAAUUCCUUUUGGAAAUAAGAACCUGGAUGCUGUUUGUACUGUCCCUGACAAGAUAUUAACUGAUCAGGUGUUAAUAUAUGCAGUGAUUCUUACCCAUGGAGCUGCAGGAGAUAUGAAUUUUCCUCAUUUGAAAUCACUGGCAAACCACCUUGCAAGUAAUGGGAUCCUGUGCCUGAGGUUUACAUGUAAAGGCCUCAAUAUCACACACCGAAUAAAGGCAUAUAAAGCUGUUUUGGAAUAUCUGAAGACUUCAGAUGAGUACAGACUUGCAGGAAUUUUCCUUGGAGGUCGUUCAAUGGGUUCUCGAGCUGCUGCCUCUGUGAUGUGCCAGAUUGAAUCAGAAGAGGGCGACGACUUUAUCCGAGGGCUCAUCUGCUUCUCUUACCCCCUGCAUCGUCCGAAGCAGCAGCACAAGCUCAGGAAUGAAAGUCUGCUGCUUAUCAAAGGCCCGGUGCUGUUUGUGUCAGGCUCGGCCGACGAGAUGUGUGAGAAGAAAUUGCUGGAGAAAGUAGCAAAGACAAUGAAAGCUCCUACUAAGAUCCACUGGGUUAAGAAAGCCAGCCAUUCUAUGGCUGUGAAAGGACGAUCCGCAGAUGAUGUUUUGAAGGAAAUCAACUCACGUGUUCUUUCUUGGAUCCAAGAAGUCAUUCAACUGGACAAGAAAUAAUUCAUUGAUUAAAAGCCCUAUGUCAUUUGAGAUUUGUAUAUUUGAUUUGAUGAGGAAAACAGCAAGUCUCAGAAUUGUGAGGCAUGUGUUAGACCUGUUUAAUGUCUCUUUAUUAAUAUGCUUUGAAAGCAAAUGUUAUCUUGUGCAAAAAUGAGAAAAUAUUCAGAUUAUAGAAAAUUUAAAUGGCUUUUUAUCAAAUAUUUUUCAAAAUCAUUAAACCUUUACUUAUUUCCCAUGUAUG